AUGCGCAACUUGUACUGGAAUGACGACGCCUUCAAGAGCACCACCGAGUUUACUCACAUCAAGUGCCAUUACACAAAGUCACACAAGCAGAUCAACCCUUUCUCGAUCACACCAGUCGGCCCAGUGCCCGAUAUCCUGCCUCUCGAUCAGGAUGUCCCCGCCGCUGCUGCUGGCAUCCGUACGACGAGCAAGUAG